AUGCUGGCACCAGUGCGGGAAAAAGCUGGUUUGGGUAAGCCGCCACUCUCUUUCUACAACUAUCGAAGUGAAUCGAUAAAUCAUGUCAUAAAAGAGGGAGUUCAAUACAAAAAGCAAGAUCUCCCUGAUUUUAUUUUGUCUCUUCAAACCAUCAUAUCCAGUCAAAUUGAAAUGAUUAAAUUAGUGAUUUUUCAAAGAAGAGGAGACUAUAAAUUUAUUGAAGAUUUAAAAUACUUAGAAAUUCAAUUCAAGUGUUACUGUGCAAGAUGUUUUACAAAAAUCACCUGAUUGAAGUAAGAACAACACUAAUGCAGUUGAUUAUCUUGAUAAAACAUUAUCAAUUUCAUGGCAAGAAGUACGCAUAAGUAAUUCGAGUUUGCAUAACUGCGAAUGUGCGGUCAAAGUUAUCUGCCGAUCAGCUAAACUGAAGUGAAUAACAAUAUAUAGGUCUGAAUCAUUCUCGUACCCAGAGCCCUUCUUACGUUUCAUCGAGCACGGUGAGGAACUCUGGCCAAAUCCAUAUAAAAAAAACACUCCUGCUCGUUUAUUAAACAGUACAUAACCUCUAGCUAAAAUGUUAACCAGAAUACCAGAUAGUGUUUAUUUGAGAUAGCUAUAUGUCGAAUAUCGAUAUCUGUUUCUUUUGCAUUAUAAUUACAUUGUAAUAUGCAGUGUAAUAUUAAUUAUUAUAAAAUAGAAAAGACAAGUAAAAUGAAUGCCGAAAUAUAGCUACUAAAUUUUGUUAGUUAUUGCUCCCCCUCGAAAGUGGAACGGCAUUGUACCUAGCUUUUUAUCAUUACUCAUUAGGCUCUUUCAUUAUAUAAGCUUAUAAUGCGGACAAAAAUUAUUGGUUAAUUCAGGUUGCCUACCGUGAACAUCUAUAUAGGAUCAGGCGGAAAAAGGAAUGAAACAAAUGGGAGAUUUACAAAACUUGUGCGACUGGUGCGACCAUUUUUACCAGGAUAUCCGACUAAUCCGAGAAAACACACUAGAUAUGAAUAGCAUUAUGAAUAUAAUUCAAAGUCCAUCUCCAUGCCAUUGUAACUCGUAUCUCUAGUCAUGCCAUUGUAACUCGUAUCUCUAACUCAAGUUCUCUAUCUGUCUUCGCAGUUUUCCGUACCUUGCGGGGUGGCCUGUUGUAUAAAAUUGCUUAACUGCAGUCUGCAGUUUAACUACAUUUUGGGUAUAGUUAAAUUGCAGUUAACCCUAAAAUUUACGAUUCGAUUCUGAUUGGACAACCCUUAAUUAAAAUGCUGUAGACUCCGUUUUGCACAUGCGUACAUAUUGGAGCCUCUUGUUCGUAAUAUAAGCAGUUUAAGUUGAAAUGCUUGAUUGUGCUACUUGGAUAAUUUAUAUUACUGUGGAAACAGAAAAAUAUAUAAAACUGCCAUAACUUUGUUGAUAAAUUUCAUUGUUUUGAUAGAAAUGUAAACAAAUCUGACGUGUGCUAACGGAUUAUACAACACCUUUAUAACUCUAGUUUAUAGUUAACCUUUUUAUAAACCGGCCCCAGGUCAUGAAUUUAAUAUACUUUUUCAUUCUUUUGCAGCCCAUGUAAACGUCACGAAAAAAAACAAAAAUAACUCCCGAGUAUAUGACAGAAGGCACAUACUGCGGGCUGUUCUGUGCAAAGAUCGGGAGACAUCUGCUCAUGAAGCACAAGGUAGAGGAAGAGGUUGUGUCGGCCUUGCGACACAGGGUGAUUACCUUCGUCUCCAGGGUGAUUACCACCAUAACAUGAAUACACUGGAGACGGGUGAAGGCGAGUUAAUCACAGUAAGAAGACUGGGGAACGGCGAGACGAAAAAAAACGUUCAGGACUUUCUUCCCUGCGAGUUUUGUUUGGGUUUUUUCCGCAAGUGGGACUUGUGGAAGCACCAGGCUUCAUGUCCAAAUAACCCCCCCCCCUCCCAACAACCCCGUCCUUACGACAACCCUGUCCUUAAUAAGAUCCUGUGUUACAUGAAUCGCGGUGCGAUUGCAGAUAUUGUGAGGAAAGACGACUUAAUAAAGAUGCUUGGAGCAUUUCUUUUGGAGAAAGAGGGAGAAAGGGAUUGCCAGUUGGUCUCCCAGAAGAUGAGGGAACUGGGUCGCCUUCUACAACAACUAAUGGUCGUAGAAAAUAAUGAAGCGGUCCAGUUGUCCGAUUUUAUAAAGCCGGAGAAAUUUGACGUAAUAAUAAAAGCUGUUAGGGAGACCACUGGCUUUAUGCCGCCAAUUCGUGGCCAGCAAGAGGUCAAUAUUCCAUCACUCGCGUUAAAGCUCCGGCAUUCUCUAUCGAAGUGUGCUACACUUCUACACAAUCAAGCGAUUUGUGCGAGAAAUGACUUGAUGGCAAAAGAAAUAAAAUAUUUCCAAAAAUUGAUGAGGUCGGAGUGGGAGUAUAAGAUCUCGCAUCACUCCCUUUCCACAUUAAAGGAACGGAAGAUGAAUGCCGUACAAGUCCUUCCUCUGGCAGAAGAUAUGAAAAAGCUAAGAAAGUUUGUCAAAGAGGCCAUAACAGAACACUCCAGGCAACUCAAGCUAUCCCCCAACGUCCAAAAACUGGACCGCACUUGCGAGGCUGCUUUUGGCGAGGGUGGUGAUGUUAAAUAA